AUAACAAUAAAAAACAAAGAAAGCUAAAAGAAAACAAAUAAAUCCAUUGAAAUUAAAACUGAGAGCUUUGCUUCUUCUUUUCACAUAACAAUAGACUCAAACAGAGACCUUCUCUUCUAAAGUUUCACUCGAUAGCUUCGUUCAGAUGGCGCUAAUGGACUCUAACCCCGCAACUUGGGAAGAAAUUGAACGCUCUGAGAGUUAUCUUGUUGCUUCUAUGUAUGAAGAGGCUGCAUCAGUUGCUUCCUCAGUUCUGAAUAAAAUAUGCAACAAGAACAGCAUUAACAGCAAUGUGAAAGAUCAAGGUGGUGAAGAAUUUGAGUUGAAUGAUAUGAUGCUAUCUGCUGGCAUGGUGUUGGUUCAGUCUCUGAGCCAACUUGGCAGGGGAUCUGACAUUUUGAAGGAGCUCAAACAACUGUUCAUGUCGGUUGAUGCUAUCCCUGUUCAAGUUUUGCUUACUGGGGUGUGCUUUCAGAUAUCAGAAGGCUCACUUUUAGGCGUCCGAGAGUUUCUUGAGGAGUUUCUAGGCAAGUGGAAUUUUGUGGAGGGAAGACAUUAUGUUCUUGUUGAUGCACGAAUAGAUGCCAAUCUGCAGGAAGGAUAUGAUAAAAGCAGCAUUUUGGGAGUUGAUGAGUAUAUGGAGGUUGCUGAAAUCUAUGCUGUGACACUUCUUGGCACAGCUUUGAAAGAUUUGGACCUUGCAAUUUCUUGGGUAGAGAAAGCCGCUUUACCUGAGGAAAGACAACAGGGACUUUUGAGAAGAUUACACUCUUUAUAUUCUCUCAAGGCCACUAAUUCAUCACAAGGCUCCUCACUUCUGCCAGCAAAUGACCAUGAUAAUCACCGUUUAUUAUCAAAAAAACUUGAUGUUUCUGAGGAGUCUUCAGAAGUUUUAGAAUCCAAAUACCUGCCUAAUGGAGAGACCAAUGUGAAACAAGAAAUUUUGACUUUGUCUAGACGUGUGAACCCAUGCCUCUGGUGGUUCCGUACUAUCAAUUUGAAGUUUGGCAAUGCAAGAUUGGUCAUAAGUAAUGGGAAGAUUUUGCUUGGGUGCUUGGCUUUUCUUAUAUAUUAUGUUCUGCGUAGGAAACAAGCUACUUUAAAAGGGAUUGUCAGGAGACAAUUUUUGUUCAUAAAGAAGGCUUUGGUAGAUAUAUGGCAGCUCGGAUUUUCUUACCAAGUGAACCCCCUAGCUGCUGUUCAACCUCUUCCUGCUGCAACACGGGGAGGCCGGUGAUGAUUUUCAAGGAAAAUAAAUGUAUAAAUACAUAUUUAUCUCUUCGGCUGGUAUGUUUUAUAUUCAUCUUCCUGUCCAUGCCUUCAUUUCUUCUUUUCAUUACGUGCCAUAAUCAGGUAGGUGUGAUCCAAGUAUCAUCGUGUCAUAAAGAGCAAGGAAAAUAAAUAAUACUCAGAUGCCAUUCCUUGUACAUUACUUGAUACUUGAAGAGGAUUCUAGAUGGAAUGAAAGGAUUCAAUUUAGGAUGGUGGUUGUAUUAGAAUCUGAUUACACUUAUGAUUCUAUAAUUGGCAAGUCUGAAAAAGAAAAAAGGGUAUGUAAACAGAACUUCUGCUUAUACAAAAGUAAAAUAUUGAUGUGUAGGAGCUGCCAGCCUAUCUGCUACUUGGGCCAAGUAAAAUGCCAUUACAUGUUUUUCUCUGGUGGGACUGAGAAACCAUUGACUGUAUCUCAUCAUCAAUAACAUGAAGUUUUACCUA